AUGCUCUUCUUCGGUUUUAUUCUGUGCUGGCUCAUUGGCCUCCUGACAGGCACGCUUUUUGCCUUUUUCCUUUUUCACGUCUACGACGGCCCACUCAUCUCGGAGCCUGGUCCCGCCACGAUUAUUGGACGGACCGGAUGGCUAGGAAUAUUUUACGCGGCGGAUGCGGCAACACAAACACUCGCCGAUACUACGGUCGGUACUGCGGUCGAUACUUCCACCCAAACUGAUGAAACACCUCUUGGUGUAAUAAUAAGGGAUGCCAUGGACAACACCCUUUUACCGGGAAUUGCUAGACUUUUGGAUGCGCGAUUGGCGCCGCUACCACAAGGAGAAGGGGAGCAGCAAGACGAUGGAUCUGAAGUGGAGGCUGUACUCCAUUGGUUGGCCGACUUAGGGCCCGACCCAGACCAAGAUGAUAAUAAUGACAAUCCUGAAACCCCAAAUGGCUGGCACUAG